CACCUUUUUUGCAUGUACACCAAAUUCAAAGUUAACUAGAUGGAAGGAAUUCAGUUUGUUUUGAAUCCAUUUAGCCGCAUUACCGCGAAUCCUCUCAGCCCCUAACAGCAUUAAAGCCUUAGAAAAUCGCCGGGCUUCAGUCGCAAGGCCUCUUGGCUCCCGCCAGCAUGUUCAACCUUUACCAGAGCAUAAAUAAGAAAGAGGAGGAGAAAGAGCCUCAAGUGAUCGGUCACGAAAGGUUCUACCAGGAGCGAACUUCCCGUUCGGGUUCGCGCCGCAAGAAGCGCGUGCCGCAUCGCUCUCACAGCGCUUCGGAGUUUUCCACGGGGGCCUUAAACGCCGCCAACAAACGUGCGGCUUUCCGAAACCGCUGCCAGAGUUCGGAAAAUCGCAGCGACGAUGGAAAAGUAACUCCCCAAAGAACGGAAUCGUUCGCGAGAGUGUUUUUCUCCCGCCGGUCGUCCGGGGCCCCCAAGCACGAAUACAGCGCCUUGAAAACCGAGGGAGGGAAUGAGAAGUUCCGGGCCGAGCAGCAGAUAAGGAAUGGGGUUUUUAUGGCUUGUAAGCACUAUCUUACGAACAAUGAGCGGUACGAGCUGAAGACGCAGUUGGGGGAGAUCGGGUCGAGGACAGACAAGCAUUGGUUUACUGUCCAAGACACCACUUUGGGGGCGGAGAGGUUGCUCACGUUAGUGCCCUUACCGUCCAUGUGUCCCUUGAACCCUUCCACAACCACGAGAGAUACUCUUCUGGUGCUGUUCCGUGGCUUACAACACCCCUACAUUCAUCCAGUCCUGGACAUUGAGUUUUGGGACGCGGGGGCGGCUCUUAUCAGUCCUCUGAAUCCGUCCGGUAGUUUGAAGGACCUAAUCUACGCCAGCCCGUGGCACGAGGACUACGACAAGAAGUACAACACAAGGGGAGACGGAUUACCCCUCAGAACGGUCCAGUGUCUGGGCCGCCAGAUCCUCGAAGGCCUUCUCUUUCUGCGCAACCGCUACUUCCCGCCCUUCUACCACCUGCACUCCGGCAACGUGAUAAUCCAGAACGGCGUUGCCCGAAUCGCCGGCCUAGAAAACGCCCUUCUGGGGCUCCUCCCUCGGGCGCCCAGCGCCCCCGAAACCCUGGCCUUCGGUUACCUUUUGUUCGAAAUGGCAGCCGGGUACGAACUUCCCAAGCCUCCAAGUCCAGCCCACUUGCAGCUCGAGCUGGAGCGAGUCCCCAAAGUGGCCGAAGCCUUGGAGUUGAUUUUCCAGACUAGCCGAACUCCCGCAUUGGAGGAGUUGGUCUGUUGUGAGUUGUUCCGCGGGGUGGAGUUGCGGGAGUUGCGUGGGGCGAGCAUAAUUCAAGUGAGGUCGUCGCCGGAGGUUCUGGAGUUGCUGGAGGUGGUGCGGAAUCCGGUGCCGCCGUCGCCGUUGAGACGACGGCACUUUUCCGAUGAGUUAGAUCCGUGGUAUGCAUGCAAAGAUGUAGUCGUGAUAAUAGAAGACAGGCGACUAGAAGACAUUAUAGAAGAAGACAACGAAGAUAGUGAUGCAAACGACGCCAGUGAUAAUCGGUAGUAGAAUCGUUGGUUGUGGCAUUUAAAUGCUUAGAGGGUAGUUCAGUAGUACCAUUUAAAUGCUGCCUCUCAAUUACGCAAUGUGUGCUGUGUUCAGGCUUUAAUUGGGUGUUAUUUCGUGGCCAAAGUUUUGGACCAACCUCAUGUUACAAAUUACUAAAUGUAUUUUCAUAUAAAUCGAUCGAAUAAUCAAAAGUGAGCAAUUCCAGCACUGUUUCAUAUUUUACUAUCGAUUUACGUAGAGUAUAGCAAUAAUUUCCUGUAUUGUAGAGUUUGUAAGUGGUAGGAAUCAAAACACCAGACUUCUCCCUUUGUCCCUUUUUAUUGUAAACGGACCGUCCUUUAGGACUAGAAGGCAAUACUUAAUGGCAGAAAACAUAUCCAUUACCGUCCUAGCGUGACUGUCAAUUGUUCUGUUUAUAGAUUACCGUUAAUUAAAGCACGGAAAAAGUUCUUUAGGAGAAGCAAAUUUCAAAUCAAACACUUCAGUUCCGUCAAACAUGGGCGUAAGACUUUCGUGAAAUUGUUAAUACGACAAUCACACCGAUAAUGUCAAAUGCAAUAUAUUAGUCAACGAGUCUUUCUUUUAUGUGUAGGCGUGUAAUUUCUACUGUUAUUUCAAUAAAAUUCACUGCAGUUAAAA